AUGCCUUACUUCCUGCGCCCUCGGGCCAAGCCGGUCCCCUACAGCCAACAUACUGUUGGUAAAGAGCGCAUGAAUGAAGCAUGGUCUCAAAUAAAGGGAGCCAUGCAAGCGGAGAUUAAGGCUGUUUGUCCGGCUUCUCCGAUACAUUCAACUGACGACUGGAUAUCCUCAAGAUCGCUAGUGCUGACUGGUGCCAGGAGACCCAUACCAAUACGCAACCAGAACGACUGUGCAUGCAAAUCCCUCGAACACGAAAUGGUGAACAGCCUAUGGGAAAACUAA